AUCACAGUUCAGUACAAUCAAUCCCCUUGGAUACUAACCUAGUCUAAGGUGGUAAUUUGUGUAAAAAAAGUCAAUUUAAAAUAAAGUGCCAAUAUGAGUACCGACGAACUCCCACAGAAAGGCCAGCCCCCACCAUACGACGGCGAAGCUGAAUCAUCCAGAGACGCUGGAGUUAGAUAUCAAAGCGGUCCUGCUCAACCACAAAUGGUUGUCCCAGUAGUCGUGUCCCAUCCUAUGGGACCCAAACCAACCCCAUUCACCUGUCCAUCUUGCAACCAACAGGUUGUCACCAGAGUAGAACAUAAGUCCACAACAAAAACACAUCUGUUCGCACUUCUGCUUUGUCUUAUAUGUUGCCCCUGUGUCUGCGUGCCCUACUGUGUGGACAGUUGCCAGAAUGCUGACCACUACUGUCCAAACUGCAGCGCAUACAUUGGCAGCUACAACCAUUAAUUUAAAAGAAAAUUUUGUAUUGGUUUCUAACAAACAACUUAAUGUU